AUGAUUCUUGACUGUUAUGCACCAAAUAUAACAGAUGGCACUUGGUUCAGUGCUUCGAAAAUUGCUGGACCAUUAGAUAAAGAGAUUAUAGCUAGGAAUGUUGCUAGAGCAUAUUCUGGCAGUGAAGACAGUGAAGAUUAUGUACAAAACUAUAAUCCUGAUCAAUCUCGUAUUCGAAAGUCAACUAAACGUUAUUCGCCUGAAUCAGCAGCAUCAACAAUAACUUCCAAAGAAAAUAAUUCUAAAAAAAAAACUAAUAAUCAACAGUCAUCAAAGAAUAUGUCAUUACCUGAACCGCCAAUAUGUCCAAUGGAAACUAUUAAAGAUCUUAAAAAUGUCUCAAAAAUUCCCACUUCUGUAAUUGAUGAACAUUUCUCAAAUGUUUCUGAGAAGCCAAUAAAUAAGACGUUUCCAUUAACAAAGAACACACAACAAAGUUCAAGUAUUAAUUAUACAUCUGAACCUGAAGAAACAUCACUUACAGAGAUGUCUGAAAUUUGGCAAAUUGAAUAUGGGUGUUCUAUAAGAAAUCUAAAAAAAAAUAUUCAGUCCAAGUUGGAGGCAAUAUUAGGGCUAGUUUCAAUGCUUAAUGCUACUCAAGCUAAAAUGUGUACAUAUUUAGAGACACUUGAUAAAAAAAUAAACAUGGUUCUUGAAGCAGACAAACGUCUUCGAGCACUAGCAUUUCCGCAACCUAAAUUAUCUGCAGCGUUUAUUGAUCUUCUUCCUAUUUCUACUAUGGAAGACUUAAGUGAAGUUGAGCGGUUGUUACAUCCAGAUUCUAAUGAUUUCAUGAGAAAUAAGGAAGACUUGAAAUGGUUUUGGCUCUUUAAAAUUGGAAAUAAACAUUUGAAUUCAGCAGUACGGACUGCAAUGAGUUUUGUUAUGACCCGCACAAUUGCAGCAGAUUUUAGUUUGAAAGGAAAAACUAAAUUGAAAUUCAGUAAUUUGAAUAUUUUUAAACCGAAUAUUUCUCAGGAUGCAUUAUCUGGAUACAUAAAAACUCCUGAAGAUGAAGUAUCAUUUACUGAUGUAGUACAAAAUUGGUUAAAACAUGCACCACUUCCAAAAACAAAAUGUAACACUGCAGAUACCACCACAAACGAAGAAAAUACUGUCCAGAAAAAUGACCUUU